UUGAAAAGGUUCCCGCUACUGUCAAAUUGAAGAAAUUGCCUGCAGUGGAAGCAGCGGUGCCGAAUUCCCGAUUUCGAUCUUGUGCGUGUAAAUUGUGAUCACCACCAUGAAACUAAUCAACAAUUUGCUUCUCAAGCGUACCUCCACGUACCUUGUCGGUAUCGCGGGGGCCGUCUUUUUCUUUGAGCGCGGCUUUGACCUGAUCACGGAUGCCGUGUUUACCUCCCAUAACAAAGGGAAACUGUGGGACGACAUCAAGCAGAAAUAUGAGCAGUAAAACCCUGGCGAUAUGACUUGGUUACUAUUUAUUGGAAAUAAAGCGUAGCUGAAGCAAACACA